AGUGUUCUAGCAUUUUAUUUUCGGCCUUACACUCGGACAGCUAACUACAUCAAUCAACUCUAUCGUCGUAUGGUGACUACCAACACUCGUGGAAUUACAAACCAAACGACCAAAAAUAUGGACCCGAUAAAAAAAAAUAAUAAAAUAAAUAAAAAAUAAUAAAAUGUAAAAACAAAAACUUUCACUGUAUAGUUAAACGGACCGUGAAAUAUUUUUGGUAUGUAAAUACGUCACUUCUAUGCUGUACAGUUUAAUCCGCUCAAUCUAUUUUCACAGAUCUUACUAUUUUCACUCGAGUUAUGUCAUGACGAAACUUAUUUAUUUUGUGACCCAUACUUGUAAUUACUUUGCAUCACUUUAAUUAUGCAGCUCGCUACAUUUUUUUUUAACAAAUGGUGAUUAUACUUAUUCAUAGCUAUUGGUUGUACACACUCUUCUCUGUACCUUGCAUAAGUUUCCACAGUGUUAGCAAUUUCCCUUGUUUUAUUUCAAUUUGGCGUACCGUUUCCAUGUUACACUAGUUCCUUCGCAUUUAUUCCGCUUAAUUUUUUUUGUUAACACCCUAUGCUGAUUUUUAAAUCUCAACCUCUUCUUCUAUUCUUUUCUGUUGCUUUUACUUUAUUCCUCCUAAUACGCUGGUAUAUUGAUUGCCUUUGGUGUUACUACUAGUUUUAGUUGAUGAGGAAGGAUGGAGCAUUAGUCUAAGAGGAAACUUAGACAUAAUGAGUCACCUUCCAGUUAUAACAACGUGGGUAACGGAGGUAAACCAUCACACCUCCACAUAACCCAGCUCGUAUUAGUGAGUCGUCAAAAAAAAAAACUAAAUAAAUAAAUAAAAUAAAAACAAAAAAAUAAAAAAGAUACGUAUAAAUAAACGAUGUUCAAAAAAAAAUCGCACCAAGGCACCAGCGUUAUUCCUUCUUAUAUUCCAUCUUACUCCAGCGAUCAUGUACAUAGUGCUCAUAAAUUGCCUUAAUUUUUUUUUCCUUCAUUCUUUCCUUUCUCAAUAUAUAUAUUUUUUUAAAAAAAAAAGAAGAAAAACAGCUAUUUUAUUACUAUCUUCACAUUUUCUUGUUCAUUCACCGUGAUUGUACGCCACCUUGUUACUUUUAUAUAUCGAAGCUUGCUGUUAUCCCACCAACCUUCUAAGGGGGGGAUAACCUGUAGUGUACAUUGUACCUUUGAACUUUUGUUUGAAUGAAUGCAACCUGACAUGUUGAACCUCACUUCCACUUCCGCUUCGUACUCCGGUUCCUCCUGUACGGUUACUGUCUCGCUCUCUCGCUGUACUUUCACCUAGUACACUCUACGAGCCGACAGCCGUCUCACAUCCAGAUGAGUGUGUAUUUUUUAUUCCUUAUCAAAUUGCAUAUCUCGUUGUGUAAAUAUAAUUCCGGUCCGGUUAAACUUGGCAUUUUGAGUCUUCUAACUUCAAUUCCGUUUCUUUAGUACUUGCACGUAGGCAGAGUACUAAUUAAGGUUAUAAACGGUGAAGGAUUUUUGUAAGAGUGUUAUUGUCAGUUAGAGGCAAACCCUAAGUCCAACUCUUACAAGUGGUGAGCCCGAAUUUUCACCGUUGCCUACUUUUUAGCCUAGCGUGUAAAUAGUCCUUUUUCAUAUUGGUAAUUUGUUUGUCAUACAGAGUUGUAAAUUUUUAUUUGUCUUGUUUUUACUCGUAUUUUUUGUUGUUAUCAUAUUUGUUGUCAUUUUAUUAAUAUAUCGUCUCGUGUGCAAAAUGAUUGACGCCAGUCCCGCCUCAGAAAUGGCUAUUACCUUGCAACUCCCCACCUUCUGGACUCAGCAUCCUGCCCGAUGGUUCGAACACAUCGAGGCUAUGUUCGCACUUCGUAAUAUACACUCACAGGAGACUAAGGUGAACCUCGUUAUAGUAAGUCUUCCUGAGCACGUCAUGGAAGAUGUAUCUGAUGUCCUUGCGGACCGAUCCCCGGGCUUGUACGAGCGUCUCAAGCAGGCGCUUAUUAAGCGCGUGGCACUUACCGAACAACAGAAAGUGCAGGAGCUAUUCCGAGAUGUCCACCUAGGUGAUAGAAAGCCCACCCAACUGUUACGUCAAAUGAGGCAGUUGGUGGCCGACUUCAAAAUAGAUGACGCCUUCUUGAAACAGCUGUGGUUACAACGGUUACCCCAGACAAUUCAGACUAUUUUAGCCCCAAUCAACCAUUCCCCCUUAUCUGAGCUAGCUGAGGCAGCCGAUAGAGUAGUAGAGACUACUACAUCAAACAUGAGUAUCUCGGCUGCCGUUACCGCUAGUUCCACGCAGACUAGGACCUCCUCUGCCGUGGAGUCAUCCAACGUUGAUGUGGUGGCUCACCUCAAUAAGCUGUACGAAGAGAUAGAUAAGUUAAAACUCGAUAGGAGAUCUAGAGGUCGUUCACAUAGCCGUACCAGUUCGAUUCGUGGCAGAUCUUCGUCACGAGCUGGCAGCAGACGUCGUAGGCCUAAAAAUUCCCAGCCUGGAGUGUGCUGGUAUCACCGGCGUUAU